UGGGCACGUCAACCACGUGGUUUUGAACUUCCCGUAACAACCGAGCACCUUGGGACUUGUAGUCUUCUAUGGACAGGUACAGAAACGCGCGAGAAUCUCUGAGUCCGUUCCCCGAAGUUGGAGAGGCCGUGGGCGGAGCCUAGAGCGAGCAAGAGAGUCAAUUGGAGAACUUCUCGCUCAGAACAGUCAGAAUAGGCGAAUAGAAAUGAAAAGGGGAGUGGCCAUGGCUCCGCGCGCUAAUUUGAAUACGUUCAAAACGGUCGGGCGCCUUCUGUUGAGUUUAGAACGCUGCUAGUCGGCUGCAUUUUGCCCCCGCUUCUGAGAGUUGUAGGUAAAUGCCAAACCUUGUUUUGUUUUGGCGGGGAAAGGGGUCAAUGAAUGGAGAACAAGUCUGAAGACGGGAAACACCUGGGCACCUACUUAAUAGCUGUGUGACCCUGGAGAUUCAUAUAAGAUGGCAAAUGUUACUCCAAGGAAAAGGAAUCAAAGUUCUUCUAAAUAUGGCAGCCUAUUAUAUGAAAAUCCAGUGAAGAAAGUAAUAUUGGACUUUACUGAAAGUAUGCCUCCAUCGCCAAGUGGAACCCCUAAAAAAGAAAUAUCCCAAAUGAAUGAUAUAAAUAAAGAAAAUAUAUGUUACCUCUUCCAAGGACACCACGUUUCAAAUCAGUUCAAUAAGUAUCCACUAGAAACAGCUUGUGCUGUUCAAAAAGGAGAUGGAGUGAUCCCACUGAAGUCUCCACAACAAGGUUCUCCCUUCAAAUCUGCCAUGUCCACUAGAUCAUUUUAUAAUAGAGAUAAAUGGUACUUGAACCCACUGGAGAGGAAGCUUAUCAAAGAGAGCAGAUCUCUUUGUCAGAAAAAUGAUUGGGGAUAUAACAACUCACUGUCCACCUUGACAGAAAAAAAGCAUCAAAAGGUAUUCAAGAAGACAAACUCAAAAGUAAAAAGGAAUUCAACUCCUAAAUAUCAUGGAAGUUAUAAGGGCAUUAAAACUAUGACAAGGAACAAUGUAAAACUCCAGCAAAACAGAGUGAUUUUUAAACCAACCACUGGGCAAGAGGAUAACAAUCAUGAACUUGACAAGAGUUUGGCCCCAGCUCCUCGAGUACUGAGUCUAAAAGUUAAGCCCCAAGUGACUCUCCAGAGUGGGGCAGCAUUUUUUGUAGCUGGGAAAAAAUCCCACUCUUUAAUCAAAAAAGUGAUUUUGGAUGGUCAAACAACAUCUGAACUCAAGGCAAAUAAGUCUAAACCAAUAGUGAUGAUGAAUCCUGGUUUGCCUGCUAUUAAUGAAAAAGAAACCUUUGAGAGUCCAAAAAAUGAAGUUAUUUCUUCUAAGAAAUGGAAGCUUGUUGAGAAAUCUUUUUCUUUAAAAGAGUCUCACAGUGAGAAUAGUAAGAAAGAGUCACCUGAGUCUGUUACUUAUCCCAUCUUUAGUACAACUUCAAUCAACCAUAAAAGUACUUUAGCUUUUCUAGAAGAACCAUCAUCUUUAGGAUCUGGCACAACCAUGAAUGAGUCUUCAAUUGUCUUAAAAGAGCUCCAAGCACAGAAGACUAACAAAAACACCAGAGAAUUAAACAAACAGCUGAAAGACCAGUUCAUUAUUGAUGCAGGUCAGAAGCAUUUUGGUGCCAUCGUAUGCAAGUCCUGUGGCAUGAUCUAUACAGCAGCCAGCCCUGAGGAUGAAGAACAACACGCCCACUAUCACCAGAGAUUCCUGGAAGGGAUUAAAUAUGUGGGCUGGAAGAAAGAACGUAUUGUGGCAGAGUUUUGGGAUGGCAAAAUUAUAUUGGUACUUCCUGGUGACCCAAAGUAUGCCAUUCGAAAGGCAGAAGAUGUCUGUGAACUUGUAGAUAAUGAAUUGGGAUUUAAGCAAGUUAUCCCAAACUGUCCAAGCAAAAUUAAAACCUUCCUCUACAUAUCUGAUGAAAAGAAAGUAAUUGGAUGCUUAAUUGCUGAGAGAAUCAAACAGGCCUUCCGAGUCCUCUCUGAACCAGCUAGUCCAGACUCUCCAAACCAUCAAAUGUUUGACAACCAGCGAGCCUGGCAAUGUUCAAGUACCCCAGAACCAGCACUCUGUGGCAUCAGUAGGAUCUGGGUCUUUAGCCUGAUGAGAAGAAAGGGCAUUGCCCGUCGCCUAGUGGAUACUGUCAGGAAUUGGUUCAUGUUUGGCUGCUUUUUGAGUACAAAUGAAAUAGCGUUUUCUGACCCAACACCAGAUGGCAAAGCAUUUGCGACCAAGUACUGCAACACACCCAACUUCCUUGUAUACAAUUUUAUUAGUUAACCUAUUUAGGUGUGCCCAUAAAUAUUCAAGCCUACUUAGCAGUUUUAUGUUUAUUAAAUUGGUUAAUCAGAAAACAAAUUUGUCCUUUUCUCCUCAAGAUUCAAAUUAUAACUUUUUGUACAGGAUAAUUUGCUCUCUGAUUGAUUGGUUCUGAAACAUUUUGUGGCUGGCUCUGGUUGUAGAAAACUUGUCUCCAUUGCCUUCUGGUGCAUUGUAAGUAUAUUGGCCAAACCUGGUUUCCCAUAAUAAAAUCUCCAGCAAUGAAGGAUUGAUUUUCAGUAUAUGUUAGCCAUUUGAUUAGAACUUAUCAGUUAUAUUGAGAGAGAACUUUUAUAUUGAGUUACUUCAUUAAAUUAUGUUUCUAAUUUUUUUAAGGUCAAUUUUUAAAAAAUCGUUGCCACUAUUUAAGUGCUUUAAUGCUAUUGAAAAACUACUCUGCAAUGAACCAAAUGUGUGUUCAUUUCAUUGGUCAAGUUUAACUCUGGUUAGUAGUUGCAAUAUUAUUUUCGUGAAUAAUUUUAGUCAAGUGAAAAUUUGACAGCUUUUUUAUUGUGCUACUUGCCUUUAAUAAAUUUGUCACUGUUACUUAAUACCAUUAAUCAUAAACUUAUGACAAUUUGAAAUUCCAUUCACUUUUAUUUUUAAAAUGCACCUUAAUUAUUAGGCAUCUAAUUAAAACUGAAGAAAUAUACAUUAAAGAUUUCGUAUUUCAGUAUAUCUUUAGGUGGAAUUAUGAUGCUUGUAACAAAAAUGAUGAAAGGGUGUAAAUAAGUCUACUUAUGUCUUUUGGGUGAAUUUUGGUAUUUUUCGGCACUGGCUUUAGAAAUAGCUUGUGAAAAUGCAUUUAAUUAAAAUAAAAAUAAAAAUUUUAUUGAUGUUA